AUGAUCGGCAACAGGGAAACAAUUACAGUGAUGGAUGGUGUUCAGUUCGUCAAAACUCCCGGUGGUGAACAAGAUGGUGCUCCACGCGCUAUUAGCAGUGACGACACUAUCGAAUCUGUCAUUUUCAACAGGAUUACAUCGUUCUUGGGAUCCCAUACUUUGAAAAUCGAUUUGAAAGGUAGUGAAGUUGUCAACGCAGUGCAAUCAACAGCCCGUUCAUUAAACGAUUAUGCCGAAUCUUUGGAAGAAGAAGAAAAUCUGAUCGAAGGUGCCAGUGAAUCAAGAAAGAGGAAAGGCGGUAAGAAGGGAAAAGGUCAAAUGGGUGCUCUCAUGGGAUUGAUGGGACUUAAAGCAGCCAUUCUUGGAAAACUCGCCCUCGCCAGUAUCGCCCUCAUCGCCGGUAAAGCUCUUCUUAUUGGUAAAAUUGCUUUAGUUCUCUCAGCCAUUAUUGGACUUAAAAAACUUUUGGGUAGCGGAGGCGGCGGCGGUAAACACGUCACAUACGAAGUAGUUCCACAUGCUUCUCAUUCUUCAGCUCACGUUUCCACUCACGAAACGGCCUAUGCUGGUGGUUCCGGACACGGUGGCGGCUAUGGAGGUGACAUCGGCGGAGGAUACGGCGGCGGCGGUUCCGGCGGAUGGGGCAGAUCUCUCGAUGCCCAAUCGUUAGCAUACAGGGGACAUCCACAAGCCAAACAAGCGAGGGGUUCUACUAGAAAUAGAAAUAACGAAAUAAAAAUUGAGCAACCAGAACCCAUUAAUUUAGAACCUUUGCGUCUAGCUGACAUUAAAGUAAAAAAUUUGUUGGAUUUACUAUCUUGCAUUAGCGAAUACAACAGGCCAUUUUAUCAAAAUCUUCAAAAAUCAAAUUACAUCGAUACUGACAUUAUUUCAGUUCUAGACACCAACGAAGAAGAUAAGGUUUAA